UGUCAGGAACAUCCAUGGACGCGUUUAAGUUGGAACGAAGUAGAAGCUGUCAUUUCCAAGCAAUGAUCUAUCCAUUUAUAGAGAUCAGUUUCGAUUUUUCGUCUCUUGGUCGACAAAUCAAAUUAUUUCCAUUUUCCAUUAUUUGCGCACUGCGUACCUGAUUUGUACAAUCUUUGAUGUAUAAAAUUUACCAAACACUUUUAUGAUGUUGUAUUUUAAAUUUGUGAUAUUAACUUUCACGGUCACAUGCAUAGUUUUCACAUCCGCCCAAUCUUAUGAGGAUAAGCGAUGUAUGUGUGUAUGCCCGAGCCCAGCAGCCGUUCUCAAUAAUACAGCAGGAUCGGACCGCAAACUGUACAUUGGAAAUGUACCACCAAACAAAUGCAACUGUGAUGGUGUUAUCCUGCCCCGAGUUGGAGAAAUAAUAAAAGGACGAGAACAAGAAUUUUGCCCACGUUGUGAAUGCAAAUAUGAAAGUAGGAAUACCACAAUAAUAAAGGUUGUAGUUAUUAUUGUCAUCUGGGUAAUAAUGCUGUUAGUUGUCUACAUGGGAUUCCUGAUCUGUCUUGAUCCACUUAUCAAUAAGCGGGCUAAGGCAUCUUAUCAAGAGCAUACAAAUGAAGAUGAUGAAAGCACAAUCAGUGGACCGCCACAGCAACUUGGUGUUAGAGGCAACGUCUUGAACCGUGUCACCCAUCAGCAAGACAAGUGGAAGAGACAGGUCCGUGAGCAACGCCGUAACAUCUACGAUAGACAUACAAUGCUCAACUAGCAGUUAAAAUCAUGGCGUCUCUUGUGCAUCAAGCCACAAUAUUAAACGCCAUCAUU